AUGUUGUCAGCACGUCCAGUCUUACGUAACGCAGCACGUUCUGCUGCUGUUGCUGCUAAAGCUUCAUUGAGAGUAGCACGUCCUACCUUGUUGACCGCUCAAAGAUUCGCUUCUGCCAAAGCUGCUCCAACCGAAGUUUCUUCGAUCUUGGAAGACAGAAUCAGAGGUGUUUCAGACGAAGCAAACUUGAACGAGACCGGUAAGGUUUUGUCAGUCGGUGAUGGUAUUGCUCGUAUUUUCGGUUUAAACAACAUCCAAGCUGAAGAGUUGGUUGAAUUCGCUUCAGGUGCCAAGGGUAUGGCUUUGAACUUGGAAGCUGACCAAGUCGGUGUGGUCUUGUUUGACUCUGAUAGAUUGGUCAAGGAAGGUGAAACCGUUAAGAGAACUGGUCAAAUUGUCUCCGUCCCAGUCGGUCCAGAAUUGUUGGGAAGAGUCGUUGAUGGUUUGGGUAACCCAAUCGAUGGUAAAGGACCAAUCAACGCCAAGGCCACCUCAAGAGCUCAAGUUAAAGCUCCAGGUAUCUUGCCAAGAACCUCAGUCCACGAGCCAAUGCAAACUGGUUUGAAAGCCGUUGACGCUUUGGUCCCAAUUGGUAGAGGUCAAAGAGAAUUGAUUAUCGGUGAUCGUCAAACCGGUAAGACCGCUGUUGCUUUGGACGCCAUCUUGAACCAAAAGAGAUGGAACAAUGGCUCAGAUGAAAAGAAGAAGUUGUACUGUGUUUACGUUGCCGUUGGUCAAAAGAGAUCAACUGUUGCUCAAUUGGUUCAAACCUUGGAGCAAAACGAUGCAUUGAAGUACUCAGUCAUUGUUGCUGCUACUGCUUCUGAAGCCGCUCCAUUGCAAUAUAUUGCUCCUUUCACAGGUACUGCCAUUGGUGAGUGGUUCAGAGACAAUGGUAAACACGCUUUGAUUGUCUUUGACGAUUUGUCCAAACAAGCUGUUGCUUACCGUCAAUUGUCUUUGCUUUUGAGAAGACCACCAGGAAGAGAAGCUUACCCAGGUGAUGUUUUCUACUUGCACUCUAGAUUGUUGGAGAGAGCUGCUAAGAUGAACGAGUCCAACGGUGCUGGUUCAUUGACCGCUUUGCCAGUCAUUGAGACCCAAGGUGGUGAUGUCUCUGCUUAUAUUCCAACCAAUGUUAUUUCCAUCACUGAUGGUCAAAUUUUCUUGGAAGCUGAAUUGUUCUACAAGGGUAUCAGACCAGCUAUUAACGUUGGUUUGUCCGUCUCUCGUGUUGGUUCUGCUGCUCAAGUCAAGGCUAUGAAACAAGUUGCUGGUUCAUUGAAAUUGUUCUUGGCUCAAUACAGAGAAGUUGCUGCUUUCGCUCAAUUCGGUUCCGAUUUGGAUGCUUCAACCAAGCAAACCUUGGCUAGAGGUGAAAGAUUGACCCAAAUCUUGAAACAAAAACAAUACCACCCAUUGUCUGCUGAAGAGCAAGUCCCAGUUAUUUUCGCUGGUGUUAACGGUUACUUGGAUGAGUUGCCAGUUAACAAGGUUGGUGAAUUCGAAGAAGCAUUCACUCAACACUUGAAAUCCAACGAAUCUCACAUUUUGGACUCCAUCAAGACCAAGGGUGAAUUGUCCAAGGAAGAAUUGGAACAAUUGCACAAGAUCACCAAGGACUUUGUUGCAGGUUUCCAAUAA